UUAUGGAUACUAUAUUUUCUUCUGAGCUACAAUGGAGUUCAAGGAGAAAUAAAGUUAUCCAAACUGGAAGUCUUAGAGAUGGAGAAACAAUUUAAACUUUUGAAAAAAUCAGCAGUGAAAACAAUUAAGACUAUACAUGGAGAUAUAUAUGAUUGCGUGGAUUUCUAUAAACAACAUGCAUUUGAUCAUCCGUUACUUAAGAAUCAUAAUUUUUAUUCCCAGAUGAAACCUACUUUAGUGAGAACAAAGCAAAAUUCAGAAAACUCAUCAACUAGUCUAUCAUCAAGGAUAUGGUUAAAAGGUAAAGGUUGUCCUCCUGGAACAGUUCCAAUUAGAAGAAUUACCAAAGAAGAUCUUAUCAGACAUAGAAAUAUGCCUUCACCAGAAGAUGCCACAUUUCAUGCCCAAUUAAUUGCGACUAACAACACUAGUGAGCUUGAAGGAAUAUACAAAUCUUCACAAGGAUACAAGGUUGCAAUAGCUCGGGCUGGAAAUAAUCCAAAAAGCAAGUUUGCAGGAGCUGAAAUGACAACUAGCCUAUGGAAUCCUUUAGUUAGCGAUAAUCAACAUAGUGCAUGUCGAUUAAAAAUUCAAAAAGGAUAUGAUAUUGUACAAGUUGGUUGGAGAGUGGACCCAACACUCUACGGGGAUACGCAAACUAGGCUAUAUAUACAUUUUCAAGCUGGUAAUCAACAAUGUUUCAAUACAUUAUGUCCUGGUUUUGUUGUAGUGAAUACCGAGAUACCUGUUGAUACGACAUUCAGUGGUAUGUCACACCGUGGAGAUGAAGCUUCAUGGGAAGAGACAAUGGCUAUCACCAAGGAUCUAGCCAACGGAAACUGGUGGCUAUAUCUUGAAAAAAAUCAUAUACAGAUUGGUUUUUGGCCUCAAGAAAUCUUCACCAACUUGGCUAGUUUUGCGUCGAAUGUUGAAUGGGGAGGAGUGGUAUACAGUCCACCAGGUGUACCUGAACCUCUGAUGGGGUCUAGUUAUCUUCCCAUUGGAAAAACUGGUUAUGAUGCUUAUUGUAGGGGACUUACCAUUAUAAAUGAUAAAGGUGAGACCAUAGACGUAGAUAGAAUAAUAACACAUGUCGACAGUCCUAAUUUAUAUCAAAUUAUAGACGUACCGCAUCUCAGGCCUGGAAAGUAUCAGCAUUUUGUACUCUAUGGAGGACCUGGUGAGAAAGCACAAGUGCAAAUCUAG